AUGGAGAAUUCACGGGAGACCCGCAACACACCCAAGUUCGUUACCCCAAAACGAAUCUUGCGAACUUUGGGAAAUGCGACAAGCGGGAACAAAGUAUCGUCUUUUACCUUGACCAAUGGCGACUCUGGGGACAAGGCUGAAGUCAUCUUGGACUAUGGCCGAUGCGAAGGCGGUUUCCCCGUCUUCACCAUUGAGUCUGCAGCAGCGCCCAAAGGGCAGCAACAAGUCGCGUUCCAAGUCACUUACAGCGAUGGUCCAUUCUUCCUAUUCUCUAAUGCCAUGGACAGCUACCGAGUCUGCAAACACCACGCCGCUGUCACCAACGAUACGCAAAUUGUGAAACCUCGCUUCACUCAAGCAUCCCAGAGGUAUCAAAAGAUCACCUCACUCGACCCAAAUACUAGCAUCGUGUUCUCCAAAGUUGGCUUCCAAGCCGUGCGCCCUGAUAUUCCAGUGAAAGCCAACUUCCACUGUUCCGACGAAACCAUCAAUCGCAUCUGGAGAGAUGGUGUUCGAACAGUCGACUUGUGUACUGUUGAGCGCGAAGAGACUGUCCCAGCGUGGGAUGUCACUGAUGAGGGCACUCGUGUUUACGGAAGCCACUGGGCUCCUUGUCGACAGGGCACGAGAUGGAAGAAUUACAAAGUCACGUUCCAGACAAAGGUUGAGGAACAUGGUGCGAGCUGGGCAGUUUUUAUGAUCACCAACGGUCUGAUAUUCUGCUUGGAUACCAGGAGCAGAACGUUGACGGCUGUUGAGGGAUUGUCGAACAAGUCAUGUAUCCUGCCCUCGAUGGAGAGAGGAUCAUGGCAGCUGCCAGAGACUCUGGACCUCACUGGAUGGCUGACAAUCGAGACGCUCGCUGUAGAAAAUCGCGUUACAGUCAAGAUUGAAGGCAAUGAGAUUGCCUCAGCCAGGGAUAUCUAUGUGAAAGCGAUGCUUGGAAACGGGCUUGUCAACACAGGUUCUGUGGCAUUCGGUGGUCCGCCUGGCUGGGUUGCACUGUACCGAGAUCUAUCAGUCGCGAAUCUGAGUGGCCUAGCUCUAUACGAGAACUCGCUGUUACAUCCCGAUGCUAGUCGCACGCUCGACGACUUCCAGGUCGGAACCAACAAGCUCGCCUGUAUCAUCGACGGCGCCAAGCGAGACCGAGCUUCCUUUGGUGGUGAUGCCUUCGUCACCGGCCGGUCGAUCGCAUACUCCACUGCUGAUUUUGAGGCAUGGAAAGGUACCAUCCAGCUUCUGAUCAGUCAUCAAACUAAGGAAGGGUAUCUUGGCAACCUGUGUCCUAUCCAGGCUCCAGAGCACGAUGGCGCAGAUGAUCCGCCAGUCUAUGGCCACUACUCGCUGGCAUAUGCGCUGCUACUGGUCGUCUCAAUCAAGGAUUACUGGCUGCACUCGGGUGAUUGGUCUCUCGUGGAGAAGUCGUACGGUCAACUUGAACGACAGAUGGAGUUUACGAGGAAGUUCCUGAAUUCUGAAGGGUUGGUUCAAGCACCUCCGUAUCUCUCGAUGACAUGGUUCCCCAUGGGCGGCCCUGUCUUUGGUGUCUCAACCGGUCUGAACCUUGCAUACCUGGAUGCCCUCAACGCCAUGACAUCAAUGUCUCUCGACGACAAGACCGCAUCUCAAUAUUCCUCCCAAGCGGCCAAUCUAAAAGAGACAUUGAUCCGUACGCUGUGGAAUAACGGGCAAGGCACCAUGCGACCUUCUCUGUCCCUAGACCCCCAUGGAGUCUUCCAAGAUGUCAACGCGUAUGCUGCGACUCUAGGUGUUUCUCCAGACCUACCAAGAUUCGCAGAGGGCAUACUUCCACCCGGUGAAUCAUUGCCCUCCGCAUUCCGAGGUCUUGAUAAAUGGGAUAAGUUUGAAGUUACCAGUCCCUACGCAUCUGGCUUUGCACUAGAAGCUCUAUUCGCCAAGAACGAGGGCAUAAAGGCAAUUGAGCUGUUAUCUCAGGUAUGGGGCGUCAUGGCAGAUCAGGAUAAUCCGAAUUACUCUGGUGCUCACUGGGAAGCAAUGAAAACUGACGGUUCACCUUUCAAUCAUGACGUGUCGCUGGCUCAUGGAUGGUCUUCCUGGCCAGUGUUUCUGCUACCGAGAUAUCUUGCUGGACUUUGUCCCCUUGAAGCGGGCUGGAAGAGAAUUGGUGUUGAGCCUGUUCUUGCGGGUUUGGAAGAGGUGAAAUACUCACUUGAGACAACCCAAGGUUAUCUCUCAGUUGUAGUGCAUAUCAAUGAAGACGCGGGCAAAGGUAGUAUUAAGAUCGUGGUGCCUCAGGGUAGUACUGCAGUGGUUAAGGCUCCAAAGGGUUGGAGCUUGGAAAAUGAUGGUGUUAUUCAAGGAUCUGGGACUGAAGUAUCUGUAAAGCUAUCAAAAUACAGUUUAUAG